CUACAUGACCCUCUAUUAUCGAACUCCACCCAUUCGCCUGCUCUCAAUCCUGCUCUCAAUCCAUCUGGAUUACUCCUUUUUUCGAUCUCUCAUCUCCCGAAAGAAUCUAUGGAUUUCGCAAAUUCUCUGUUACAACUCGUCAGCAAUUUAUGGGGCUUGGCCAGCAAACCUUUGGGCUACAUUUGUAAUUUGAAAGAUAAUGUGGAGGCGUUGGGGAAGGCCACUGGAGAUCUGGAGGCCGUGAGCGGAGAUGUGAAGGAAACGGUGGAACGUGAAGAACGAGAGGGAGGUGUACGGCGCACAAAUCAAGUGGAGAACUGGUUAUGCAAGGUGCAAGAAUUUGAAGGUGGAGUAGAUCAAGUUCUCGAAGAAGCCAGGGAAUGUGACCGAAUCAAAUGUUUCAGUCGUUGUCUUCCUCAGAAUUGCUGGCCGAGCUAUAAAUUGGGGAAAAGAGUUGAUCGAUUGCUCAAUGAAGCGAGAGAGCUCCAAGGUAAGAAAAGAGAAUUCAGCAAUUUCACAUCACCAUUGCCUAGCCCGGCAAUACUUGCGAUACCUAUGGCUAAGACCGUGGGGCUUGAUAUUUCCCUUAAUGAAGUGUGGAAAUGGCUAGCGGACGAAAAAAAAACAGGAAUGUUUGGAUUAUAUGGAAUGGGCGGUGUGGGAAAGACCACCCUCAUGAAACAGAUCAACAAUGAGCUUUUGUGCACAAAUCUUAAAUUCGAUGUCGUUAUUUGGGUGGUGGUGUCAAAGCAAGUGAACGAAGAUAACAUUCGAGACGUCGUAAGGAAAGGACUGAACAUUAAAGAUGAGAUCUGGGAUGGAUGGUCUCAGAAUCAUAGGGUCCAUCAUUUGUUGAACAUUUUGGCUGAAAAGAAGUUUGUGUUGUUGAUUGAUGAUGUAUGGGCAAGGCUGGACCUUUACGAAAUCGGAGUUCUUCCUCCUAGUCCAAAGAACGGAUCCAAGGUAGUAUUCACAACUCGGUCGAAGCAAGUAUGCCACCAAAUGGGAGCCAACGAAACAUGCGAAGUAUCGUGCUUGAAGCCUGAAGAAGCUUUGACAUUAUUUGAGAAGAACAUCGGCAAAUCGCUUGAAAAUUGUGAUGAUGACAUUCAACGCCUGGCCAAGGACAUUGCUAAAGAGUGUAAAGGGUUGCCAUUGGCCCUUAUUACCGUCGGGCGAGCCAUGGCUGGCAGAGAGCAUCCCCAUGAGUGGCAUUAUGCACUAACAACUCUCAGGGACAAACCGCAUCAACUGUCAGGUAUGGAGGAAGUGUAUCACAUACUAGAGUUCAGUUAUAAUAGUUUAAGCGACUCUAUCAUUAAAUUUUGUUUCCUUUACUGUUGUCUCUUCCCUGAGGAUUACCUCAUAGACUCGCACGAUCUUAUUGAAUUGUGGAUUGGAGAGGGCUUGCUAGGAGACACCGAUGAUGUAUACAAUAUGCGGAAGAGUGGAGAGUAUGUAUUGGGGAGUUUAAAGAUGGCUUGUCUAUUGGAAAGUGAGACGGUUAUUAAAUUGGGACUACAGUUUGUAAAGAUAAAGAUGCACGACGUUAUCCGCGACAUGGCGACUUGGAUUGCUCGCGACCACGGGAAAAAGAACAAGUUGCUAGUGAUAGAGAGGGAAGAAGAUAUGUCCACAAAAGGGAUGUCCAAAUGGGGGGAAGCAGAGAAAGUAUCUCUAUGGGGAAAAUGGAUUUUGAAUAUCCACCAAGCACCACUUGGGUGUUCCCAGCUCAGAACUUUGAUUGUUAGGGAAACUAAAGUGAGUGUCUUGCCAGGAGGAUUUUUCGAGUCGAUGGCAGCUUGUCUUAUGGUCCUUGACCUAUCCAACAAUAAUAAUAUUACGUCAUUCCCUGAAGGGAUUUGCAAUUUGAUUAGCCUACAGUACUUGAACUUGUCACGCACUGGUAUCAGAGAGUUGCCCAAGGAAAUCAGCAACUUGACUCGUUUACAGUGGUUGCUAUUGAACAAUACAAGAAAAUUCCUCAUUUUUAAGGGGGCAAUUGCAAGCUUACCGUUGAAUGUGUUCAGCAGUUGGGAAUCGAGUCUAGAGAAUGAAGAGGAGGUGGUGGAGGAACUAGGGCGCAUGCAAGGUCUCACCGAUUUAUCUAUCAAGGUGAACAAAUCUUCCUCUGCCCUAAAAAUAUUCCAAUCCUUUCAGAGAUGCAUAAGGAGAGUAGGUAUCAAAAAUUGCGAGGGCUUGACCCACAUCCCAAUAAGUCACUCAUUAAAAGGGAGCAGCAAUUUCUCGCAUUUAGAGGUGCUUAAUUUUGUCAAUUGCCGUAUGCUUGUGAAGAUGGAGAUUAAUCAAGGGAUAGGACAAGCGCCCAACUGCUAUUGCUUCCCCAGCCUUGUUGAGGUUAUUGUCUCCGAUUGUGGAUUUUGGACUUGUCUUGGCUCGUGCACGCUCCGAAACUCCAGAGCUUGGGGGUCUACGAGUGUGAUUCGAUGGAGAAAAUAAUCGGGGAUGGAAUUGCAAGAGAGGAAUUAGCUGCUUCUUCAGGACUAUUCUCACGUCUCAAAUCUCUAGUUAUCCACAAUCUUCCAAAACUAAGGAGCAUUUGCGACCACGCUCUACUUUUCCCUCAAGGGGUGGAAUUCGAAAUAUUCGGCUACUCUAGUCUCAGAAAGUUACCGUUGGACUCGAACGGAAUGAGGGGAAGCUUCUCGAUCGUUGGGGACAAAGGCUGGUGGGAGGAGUUCAAGUGGGACCCAGCCGCCCGGGUCACUUUGGAGUUGUUUGGCGUGGGUCCCGUAGAGGAAAUGACAUAUGGAGAGGCAGCACGUAAAAUGAAAGAUGAGUCCAUCACGUGGGCCCGGAUCGGAUUCCUAGCCUAGGGAGAGGAGUGAGCGAGGUGGGGUCUUUCUUUUUAUUUUAUUGAGGGAGAGAGGGAGAGAGGGGAGGUUGAUGAGUGUAAAAUACUAAUAAUUAUUAUUGUUAGAACAGAGUUGAGUUCCGUUUGGGGUUUGGGGAGCAGGGUCUCUUUCCAUUCCAUUAGCUUUUUAUGUAUUCUCUUCUCUGUUGGCAUCCCUCCUACGUGACGUGUGGGGGCGAUAGCUUCUGUUUGCACUUCUCUAAAA